UAAUAAAUAAUAAUAAUAUAUGUUGUAUUGUAUGAAAGCUGGAUCCUGGAAGGUAAGGUUUUACUAUUGAGACAGUAAUUAGGCUGCGUGUGAAGCCUCAUACAGAAUUUCUUAUUUAGCACGUACGAUGCAGACAGACUGCUUUAGGUAAAGCAGGUCUACGAUCCAACAAUACUAUGAGGAAGCAACACUGUACACAGGCGCAGGGCUUCUUUACAGCAGGAAAACAAGUGACAAUGUCAAUUCAGUUCUCCGGCUGGGAGGUGGUGGACGAUGGCGCCUGUUUCCCCGGCGUGAUGUUGGCACCGGCGCAGAAGCCUCAAAACAAAGGCGUCUACACCAUGUUUCACGGAACCAGCGUGUCCAGUGCGCGGGCCAUCCUCAGCGGCGGGUUUAAGCAGUCGAGCGCUGGCAUGCUGGGAAAGGGCGUGUACAUGAGCAGGGACGUGAAGAAGGCGGCUCACUAUCCUCUAGGAAGUAACCCUUCUGACCGUGUGAUCUUUGAGCUGCGUGUCCGCGUAGGCCGCGUCAAGCGCAUUGACCAGGACAACCAUCCCAUGCAGUUCACCUGGAGCGCACAGGGCUACAACACAGCUUGGGUACCGCCCAACUGUGGCAUGAAAUCUGUGCCCAGCGGGCUGGAGGAGGACUGCGUGUUUGACCCUAAAAGGGUGAAGGUCGUGGGCAUCGCCAAAGCACCAAACCCUGCAAUAAAAAAGGAGCUUCAGCAGCUUCUCGCUAAAGAGUCUAAAAAAGACACGGGAGGCGCUGGUGACUGUAAGGAUGUCUGCCAACUGUGCAAGAGGAAGACCCAGAAAGGAGCUCCUCACAUUAAGCAGCAGUGCUGGAAGUGCGGUCAAAACAUCUGCAUUCUCACGUCCAAGCACUUCUGUCAAACUGACUUUGGAAGUUUACUGGCAUCACCAGGACCCUGUACUGAAAGCAGGAUGUCGCUGCAGUUCUUUGGCUGGGAGGUGACCUACGAUGACGACUCUCCUCGCCUGGAGCUGGGGGCCUCCCAGGAUCCCACAGAUCGGGGCGUCUACACCAUGUACCACGGCACUACUGUUGCCAAUGCACGUCUCAUCAUCGCCAGCGGCUUUAAGCAGUCAACAAAGGGCAUGUUGGGAAUGGGCGUGUACGUAAGUCGCAACAGGAAGAAGGCAGAACGCUACCCUCUGAACGUCAACCCCUCAGAUCGCGUGGUGCUCCAGCUGCACGUGCGCGUUGGCCGCGUCAAACGCAUAGAUAAGGACAACCACCCGAUGCAGUACACCUGGAGCACGCAAGGCUACGACACCGCCUGGGUACCCGCCAACUGCGGCAUGGUGGCUGUGCCCAGCGGCCUGGAGGAGGACUGUGUGUUUGACCCAAAAAGAAUAAAGGUCGUGGACAUUGCCAAGGCUCCCAACGCGGAGCUGGAGCCGCUUAAACAGCUUCUGGCCAACAGCGUCAGAAAUGCAACCGUUGGAGCGGGCGGCGGGGCUGCUGCAGCUGAUUGCUCACUGUGCAACAGGAAGCAACAGCAGCACUCUCCACAUGUCAGGCAAACGUGCUGGGGAUGUGGGCAAAACAUUUGCACGCUCAUGACCAAACAUGUCUGUUCGGGGAGGAUUUAGGAGUGACCGCACCGCCGGACCCGGUUCGUUUAGACAAGCGCAGGGAAAUCAAAAGCUGAACGUAACUUAAGGCAUUGAGGGCUUCUCUCAGGGUGUAAAUCUACUUUGGAAACUUUCUGUUGUCUUCCACAAAGAACACAUAGUGUCAGAAUCAGCACUUUGUGUCACGAUGAUUUCACUGUAAUAUUGAACUAGUUUAGCAUUAUCGUGUGUUGGUGUCGGGUGGGAUCAAUAUGAGACAAUCUCUAUGAGGAGCAAAGUGUCUUUAUUUCAUGCUGAAUGUGGACUGGGUUGCAUGGUUUUAGGAAAUAUGUUAUGACUUUAGUAAUAAAAAAAAUCUGAUUUCAUUUUCAGAAUCCAAAGAAGAAUAAAAUGAAAUAAAACAAUGUAAAUAAAACCAUAAUUUUGAAGUCUUGAUUCACGAUGCCUUACAUUCAUGUUUUGCAACGUCUGCAAAA